UUGUAAGACUGAUAUUCCACCUUAACAGAUCCCUCAGCAAGCUUGGCAUACCAAUCCAUUAAGGAGUGACUCUGAGAACAUAUGAAGGUGAAUAUAAUUCAAGCAUUUUUUUUUAAAUGCAGCCAUUUAUGUAUCACUUGAAGAACUACCCUAGCAUCUUCCCUCUGCUGUUGUUUGAAGAGACAACAACAAGAGUAUAUCCGACACUAACUACAAUAACGCCUUCCGAAUAAAAUGACCUUUAUCCUUCAUAUAGAGAUAAUUUAAUCCUGUCCUUCAGCCUGUCAAUGGUGGCAGGCCUGACGAUUGGCGCUGUCAUUUGUAUCCUCUUGACAUGGCUGUCUCGGCGCAGAGCCUCAGCCCGCAUCUCCAGGCGAAACCCCAGGCAGUCGCGGACCUCCCCUCACAGCCGUUCUGGGUUCUAUCAAUACAGCAGCUAUGACCGGAGAAGCAACAACAGCCUGGCUAGCGCGGCUCUCACUUUCCAGUGCCAGGCCUCUCUGGAGCAGGCUGACCCAUUUGCCCGGAAACCCAGCUUCAGGGCCUCGACCUUUCACCCGCUACUUCAAUGCAGCCAAAUCGCCCGUGAGGCCGAGGAAGGGAGCCAAACAACACUUCCGAGAAGCAAUGCUGGCUCUACCGUCAAUGUGGGCAGUCUGGCCCGGCCUGACUCCUUCUGGUCUAAUAGCGGCAUGCAUGGUUUUUACUCCACACAGACCCCACCACCUCCCUAUGAGACUGUUAUUCGAGCUUUCCAAGAGACUUCCACUUGAGUUCCUGCAGUAACUGAGAGAGAGAGAGAGAGAGAGAGAGAGAGAGAGAAACAGAGAGAGAGUAUUUAGUCUAGUGUCUUGUCUGUUAUGGUAUCAUGGAAAGUUGAAACUUUAAAACACAUCAACCAGGUAUUAAAGCUCUAGAAGUAUCAUACAGUAGAAAAUACUUUGUAGAAUGGGAUAUGGUAUGUUUGUUAUUUUGGUUGUCUAUGUCCUUGUAUUAUAAUAUUUUUUUAUAAUAAAAUUGUAAUAAAUGUCUUGUUAUUGAGAAUUAUCAGUGAUAACAAAUGACAACACUAGACGCUACAGUUUUCCGCCAUUUAUGUAGUAAGGUGAUACCCCAGGUGGAUGUUUUCUAUGCACCUCCUUGUCCCAGUGUGUCUCAUCCUUGCGCUGCUCUGAAAGAGACUUGAUUGUGCAUAAAGCUGUUGCUCAGCUUUAUGCACAAUCAAGCCUUGGCAUCUGUGAGAUAGUGCCAUAUAAAAAGACAGUUGGUGCAAAUGUUUUUGUUUUAAGUCACAAACACCAGAACUCAUUUUACAAAAACCUCCAAAGCUUACAAUUAGUUUUAUUCUAAAAAACGACUUUGUAAAAUGGUAUCAGUUUCUGUUAUAAUUUGUUACUGUGUAAAAAAUGACAAUGUUUUGCUUAUUUUUGUACAGAUAAGGUCAACUACCAAAGUAAUUCCCUCUAAUAAACUGUAUUGCUAUUUAAACCAUUUAAUAAUUUUGAACUUACCUUGGUGUUUUUUGUAAGGCUUGAUUUUGUAAGACCUUCCACCUGAAUAUUCUGAAUAUUUUAAAUAUAGUUUAAAACUCUAUGUGGAUACUAUUGCUUUUGAAAACCAAUUCAUUAUAUGUGUCUGUUUCAGUAAUAUUGUAAUGUGGUUCUCUAAUCAGGCUGCAAAAUUUGUUCUCAGCUGACUGGCAUUGUGUUGCUGUAGUCCAGGAUGUGCAGCUGCUGGUGUAUGAGGCCUUUGUGUAAUACUCUAAUACAAGUUGCUUGAUAUUAAAACGUUACAAUCCCAA